AUGAUUUGCUACUUGCUUCUUACGGUUCUAGUGAUUUCAGCUGUCGACAGUGCACGCAUUAAGGCGAAUAAUUCCACCACAACCGACGUGCUCCACCAUUCAUCCCUUCAAGGUGGUGACAAGCAUUCUGGUUCCCAGUAUCAUCCAGUU